AUGGCAAACACGCCCUCCCGAGCACUCACAAAACGCCAUGCCGAACAACAACUCAUGCCACCACCUCCUCCCCCGAAACGAAUCAAACGACCCUCCACCAUCCUCGACGAAGAAAUUUACACAAACGCAUUAUCGGAGAUUAUUUCGCGCGAUUUCUUUCCCGGCUUACUCGAAACACAGCUGAAGCAGGAGUAUCUGGAAGCGCUGGAGUCGAAAGAUAAAGCGUGGAUCGCGAGCUCGAAGAGAAAACUUGCGGAUUAUGGGAGUGUUGCAGGAGGUGAUAGUGGUGAUGCGACACUGCGGUUUACGGGGGACGGGGGAGAAACGCCUAGGGGUUGGGGGGGUGAUACGCCCAUGUCGGUGGCGUCGAUGGCCACCACAACAUCGACAGCUACAACUACAAAAGAACCGCAUAGAGAAAUCCCCAAUGUAUCGAAUAUGAGUCUCCUCGCGUUCCAGGCGAAAUACACCAGCGAAGAUAACGAGUCGUUCAACAAGCUUAUGGACCGGCAGAAUACGAAAAAGCGCGAUAAAUAUGCUUGGAUUUGGAACGAGAAUAAGGUCCCGUCUGCGCGGCAGAUUGCGCAUCGCACGAUGGAGAAUAAGCGGAUUGCUGCGCAGGGUGGGAAUCCAACUUUGGCGAUAACGGCGGGUGGUGAGGAUGCGGAUAAAGAAAUCAAAACUAAUCUUGAUGCUCGACCGGCGAAACCGGAUGCGUGGGAUGCUAAACCAGAGAACUCUCUGAUGUUUCUUCCGUCGUCGGUUGAGGAUAUACAUGAGACGGGUCAGCAGAAGGCGGAGGCUGCGUCGCGGGCAGGUCCUAAGCGUGUGGUGUAUCAAAAUACAAGAUUGCCUACUACAUCUUCUGCAGAAGAGAGGAGUCAACCGCCUCCUUCUCCGGCAAUUUCGGCCAUUCAAGAUGCUAUUGCUGGGCGGCCACGAUUUACAGAGACGGAAGCUGGAGCGGGGAGUUAUGUUGGUGGAGAGACGCCGCGAGUGAACGGUUAUGCAUUUGUAGACGAGGAUGAACCUAAGUAUCCGACAUCAAAAUCUGAAAAUAACGACAACUCAGAUGACCUCACUCUACUAGGACUAGGAGACGCAACGCCAAAUCCAUUCAACAUCCGCCAAAACCGCAAACGAGAAGAUCUGCACCACCGCAUGGUCGACCGCAUUACUCGGACCAAACGCACAGAAAAAACCAACACAAUGAAGACCCCUGUGAACCCGCGGUUUACUAGUAGUCCACGACUGGAUUAUGGUCUACGUACCCCUGCAUCGGGUAGUGCUGAGAAUGGUGGGAAAAUGUUGACUCCGGCUGCUCAAAUGUUGUUACGAAGGGUAGGAAGUACGCCACGGGCGUCUUCUUCAUCUUCUUCAUCGAAUUUAAAGAAUAUGUGGACUCCUACGCCGAAGAGAAAGUGA